AUGUCUUACGCAUACUACGACCGACUGAUAGCGGCUUUCGCAGCCGAUAAUGGCACUCUCCAGCGGUCGAGCUUGACGCACUCAGUCAUUGGCAUGGUCCAGUACUUCUACUACAUCUACCUCACCCACGCCGACGGUAUAGGCCCGCUGCCGCUCUGGAUGCACCUCUUUUACCUCGCCCACGACACCAUUUGGGCCUACAUCAUGUUUCAGGAGGCGCCCAAGUACGAUUACCAUCCUUACUUUACCUCAAUGGCAAAGGGACUUGUCGUAUGGAGCAUCCUGGAAGUGUAUUGCAUUUACCGUGCCAUCUUCUACGAGCGAGAAGGCCUAUUCAGCGAGCAUGAUACCGUCAAAGGCAAGGACGAUGACGACAACAACGGCAAGACCAAAAGACACAACAAGAAGCCCAGCAAGGCGAUGGCUUACAUGCACAGCUUCAUUGUCUUCUUCACCUUCUUCUGCCUCGUCCUGACCAUCAUCUACAUGGUCGGGAGGGAAUCAUUCCCACACUGGACACUGCUGACCAAGAUACUUGCCUGCACAGGCGCCGGUGGCACGUGGAUGCAGCGGGGUACUCGCAAGGGCACGAGGAUGAGCCUGGCGCUAUUGUCGGUAGUCGAUGCCAUAACGUGCUUCUGGCCUUAUUCAAGAUGGGUGCUCGUUUGGCCCGAGGUGUUUGACAAUCCGGCUUACUACCUCACGGGGAUCUGUUGCACCCUUUCGUCUCUGUUCAAUGUCUAUGUUUUGACUCAGCUGCCAAAGGAGUGA